AGCUUUUGGUCAAAUGUCAAGAUACUAUAUAAUCAAUGAUGUGUCUCAUAUGACACCAGCUGAAGCAACAUGAAAUAUUCUGCAUUGACGUGGGUCGUAAACAGCAUUCGACUUCUGCUACACCUCUUAGUGACCACAUCAGCAGGAAAGACUUUUCUCGCCUCUGUCUUUUUGUUUACUCUUACCUUUGGCUGGUGCAAAGUUCGAUUCUGGCGAGACCCUCAUUCGGCUUUCUUCGACGAUACCCAUGUCUACGACCUCAAGUAUAGCUUGACGCGAGAACAUGAAGCGCGACAAUUCAUCUCAGCAUAUAAUGCCCAGACGGACGGUCCUCCUGCUUUGAAAGCUUCUCCGACCCCGGUCGUAUGCGUUGCCGUAACGACAGUCAAGAGAGAUGGAGUCAAUUAUUUGGAUGCCUCUGUGGGAUCACUCUUGGCUGGACUGUACCCUCAGGAGCGCAGCGCGUUGUCCGUCAAUGUCCUCUUUGCGGACACCGAUCCUCGAAAACAUCCAAGUUGGGAGCAGCAGUGGCUCAACAGUCUUGUCGAUUCAGCCGCCUCUUAUAAUGUAUCAAAUGAAGUGAUGGGCAGGCUUCGGGAGCUUGAAGAAAGUCGUAACUACUAUGAGAAGGGCGUCUAUGACUACGUAUAUGUGCUAGAGCGCUGCCUCCAAACGAAUACCCCGUACAUUGCCAUCUUCGAGGACGAUAUCAUUGCUGCAGAUGGGUGGCUGGCGAAAUCGCUCAUGGGUUUAUCGACCUUAGGUAGCCGUAUCGGAUCGGAAAAGACGGAGAAGGACUGGCUAUACAUGCGACUCUUUUAUACAGAAACAUCUCUUAGUUGGAGUGAAGAUGAUUUCUGGUACCGCAAUAUGCCCCUGGCAUUCCUGCUCAUGUCAAGCGCCACAUUGGUUAUACUCCUGAUCAUUCGACGAGUUUCUACCUCCGCACGUCGCUUCUUGAACUGGCCCACGAUUGCAGUGAUCUGUCUCGUGAGCGUCCCUGCAUUUACUGGCCUGGUUUAUAUGACCGGCAAAUACAACGUGAUGCCUCUUCAAGGGGUAGUAGAGAUGAACAAACACGGUUGCUGCACCCAAGGAAUGAUAUUUCCACGAGAUCAAGUACCAGACUUGAUAAGAUGGCUGGAAGAACACAAGUCCGGACAAACCGAUACGUUGAUAGAAGAAUACGCCGACUCUACGGGGCUGCGGAGGUUUGCUUAUGCGCCCCCUCAACUUCAACAUGUUGGGUCAAGGUCUAGUAGAGAUAACCUGGAUAUCAACACGAGAAGUACAUGGGCUUUUUGGUUUGAGGAGAAUGAUCCUCGUGUACUUGCCAGGGAGCAUGAGAGUUUGGUCCAGGGUGGGAGGGUACCGUGGAUAUGAUCAUGUCAUUGAAAUAUUAACGAAUGUAUGAAUAAGUCGACUUCUUUAUUUGUAUAUAUCAUUAUUUAGU